UUGUACGGCGGCGACAUGAUGAUCACUACAAAAAUCAUCAAAAACAUGGCCGAGAAGAUGGCUCUGGACAUUAAGACCUAUCAAGAUGCGAACCAGAGGGAGGUCAGCGUCACGGAGCUGCUCCAGGGCGUAGUGAGGACCGGUAGCAAUCUGCUCGAGAAGGCGCAAAUGGCGUCCUGGAAGGAUCUUAGUCAUCAGGAGCAGAUGAGGGUCGCAACGUCGCUGCUGAUCGGUCUCGAAGAGAACGCCUUCUUAUUGGCCGACACGCUUAUGCAGGAGAAGACCAUUAUGCAUGAAGGCAAAAACAUAUUGAUGGAAGUUCGCGUACUGGACGCGCGCAACAUCGGCAACGAGCUGGAAGUUUUCCCAAGUGAAGCCGCCCAGCAAAGGUGGACCGUCUCGAACGAUCGCGUGGAACUUACCAGGGGCGCUUUACUGGACAACAGCGAGGCCGGCAUCGUCCGGUUAGUCUUCAUGGCCUUUGACAGACUCGAGGAGAUACUACAGCCGCAAGCGGAGCCGCCGUCCGUCGUCAUGAACGACGAUCCCCAGCCCCUGCCGCGGAGGAACACCACCCGACUCCUCAACAGCAAAGUUAUCUCGGCGUCCUUGGGAAAAGGCCGGCACAUACAACUCUCGGAACCCGUUCGGGUGUAUUUCAGACAUCUGGCGGUCGAGAACGUCACCAACCCCACUUGCGUCUUCUGGGAUUACAUCUUGAGCGCCUGGUCGGACGAGGGAUGCCAGAUACAAAAGACCAACGAGACUCACACCGUGUGCGAAUGCAAUCACCUGACGAACUUCGCUGUGCUGAUGGACGUACACGCCGUCAGGCUGGACAUUGCCCAUCAGGUUGCCCUGCAAAUCAUCACGUAUAUAGGCUGCAUCAUUUCCGUCGUCUGCCUCGUCCUGGCUAUUCUCACGUUUCAAUUAUUUCGCGGACUGAAGUCGGACAGAACGACGAUCCACAAGAAUCUCUGCGUGUGCCUGCUGAUUGCCGAAGUACUUUUCGUUUGCGGGAUCGGCCAAACUAAUCAGAGAAUCGUCUGCGGCAUCGUGGCCGGCUUAUUGCACUUUUUCUUCUUGUGCGCAUUUGCUUGGAUGUUCCUCGAAGGAUUCCAAUUAUACGUGAUGCUGAUCGAGGUAUUUGAAGCGGAAAAAUCGCGGCUUCGAUGGUAUUAUCUGGUCGCGUAUGGCGCACCGCUGCUCGUCGUAGCAAUUUCGUGCAUAAUCGAUCCACUUAGCUACGGUACAGAUCGAUACUGUUGGCUGCGCGCAGAUAAUUAUUUCAUCUUCAGCUUCGUCGGACCUGUGAUACUCGUUAUACUGGCAAAUCUGGUAUUUCUAUCGAUGGCAAUCUAUAUGAUGUGCCGGCAUGCGAACACAACCGUGGCUAUGAAAAGCAAGGAGCAUUCCCGAUUGGCUAGCGCAAGGGCCUGGCUGCGGGGCGCUAUCGUGCUGGUGUUUCUACUAGGUCUGACCUGGACGUUCGGGCUUCUCUACUUAAACCAAGAAUCCGUCGUGAUGGCGUACAUCUUCACCGUAUUGAAUAGUCUCCAGGGGCUGUUUAUCUUUGUGUUCCAUUGCGUACAGAACGAGAAGGUGAGGAAGGAGUACCGAAAGUUCGUGCGCCGUCAUUCUUGGUUGCCGAAGUGCCUAAGGUGCUCGAAGACUGUGACGGGCGGCUCGGCCGGCUCCACUGGCGGCAGCGGCGGCACCGGCGGUGCCAACGGCGGCAAGGACUUCGCCUCGCACAACACCUCGUCGAAUCCCUCGGCUCCUACCACUGACAGCUCUGGACUGUCGCCUCAUGCAGCCACCAAUGUGGGUACCAACGCCGGCGCCACGUCACCGCCGAACAAUCACAACAACCUGACCACCACCUGUAACAAUACGAAUCUUUCGAUAAACGUGAACCUGAACAAUUUGUCGCUGAGGUCGCCGGUCGGGGCACACCAGAUGCACAUGAUGGCACCUAGCAACCACAAUAGGCAUCCCGCUCAGCAAGUAAUUAUCUAUGCUAUUUUAUUCGCAUUGUCAACCAGAUUGUUCACGACGAAGGAAUUUAAACAAACGAACUUCCGUCGACGACGGGGAAGGUAUACGUUUAGAAAGAUUCGUAAUGUACCAGUGGACCUAAUUCUAACUAGACACGCGAAGGGCGGAGUACGAAGGGAUGCACUUUAUGCAAGCACUUACACAUCGCAUUUCACGUCUGUUUGUUCUCUUGCACUCCAUGGCACUUCCGUAUUCCGCCUGAACGCGCUUCGAUACUUGGUAUCCGGUCGAAGCUGGGCGAUAGUCGAUAGGCAGCCGGCAGUAACGGUGCCAGGUGAACCCGCCUCGACCGAGGCUCACAUCGUGGCCACCCUGCCGUACGCACGUCACGCCUUCUUACCCUCAGCUCCCAAUAUCCCCAAAUCUGCCACCGCCACUUGGGGCCACCUUAACAAAAACCUCAUGUGGAAGAACAUUUCUUUUAAGUCCUAUUCUCGCGAUUCCGGACAUGGCGGCUCCGAGCAGGAGGAUUCCCCGCGGACGCACAACACCCUGACGCUCGGUCAUUCUGGUAGGAGACGCGGGCCGAAUGAUGCAAACGAAAUGAACACCGGUACCAGGACGAUGGGCGGUAGACGUGCCGCGAUGCCGUACAACCAUACGUAUACCGAAAUCGUAGACGGUCGAGGCAACGGCGGUAUCGCCGGGCAUCAUCAGCUGCACGGUCAUCACGGCCAGCACGUUCAUUUGCCGCGCGGCCUUGUCAACGAGGAUGAUCCAGUGUACGAGGAGAUCGAGCGCGGCGGCGGCGGCGGCGGCGGUGGUGGCGGUGGCAAUGGCAACGGCAACGGUGGCAUCAGCAGUGGAAUUGGCGGUAUCGUCGGCGCUGGCGAGAUCCAGGUGUCGGAUAUGUCCGAUGAGGACGGCCGUCGACAGAGCGAUAUGAGCAGACAGUCCUCCAGGAGCUACGGCGAUCAUCGGCCGCUGAUCCCGUAUUCGCCCGCCGCCGAUCGCAACCUGGUGCACUACGGCCAGGCGAUGACGGAACGCGGCGGCAAUGGCGGCGGUAAUCUCACGCAUUAUGACUCGACGGAGUACGGGGUGGAACGAACCUUGAACGCCUGUUGGGAAAAGCUGCGCCGGCAGCAGGCCAGGUACGAGCUUGGGGAUCUGCCGCGGUUGCCAGCGGCAUACGGCAUGCCGCCGCAGCAGGACCACACGCGGACGGUGGCCGUGCUGGACGGGCACACCGUUGUCUGUCAUUUACAGCCGCAGACGGACAUGUACACGGGUCGCGGUAUGCCGCCGCCGUCCUACAGCGAGUGUUAG